AUGAGUGAAAAAGAAUUUAACGAGUUUGGUCCUGUCGAUUCUAUGAAUGUGGAUGAAGAGAUAGAUGAUGAAUUCAAUGAUAAUGAUGAUGGAGGAGCAGUAGAUAAUGCUGCAUUAUUUCAAAGAGCUGAAGAACAAGAGAAGUUAGAUCAACAAGAGACUAAAAUGCUAGAUGAUGGUAGCGGUAAAUUAUUUGAAUUACCGGAGUUUACGAGAAAAGAUAAAACUUUAAGUGAAUUGCUGGAUAUGAUGGAAGAUAAUGCUCCAAUUAUUCCAGAUCCCGUUAUCGAUUAUUAUAUGGCCAAAAACGGUUUUCAGUGUGGGGACGUUCGAGUUAAAAGAUUAUUGGCAUUAGCUACUCAAAAAUUUAUUAGUGAUAUAGCUUGCGAUGCUUAUGAAUAUUCAAGAAUAAGAUCAUCUGUUGCUGUGUAUAAUGCUAACAAUGGUCAAUCAAGAGCUAGACAGUUGAUGAUGGGUCAACAGAAUCCAGGUCAACAACAGAUUUCUCAGCAACAAGCUCAACAGAAUGAAAAGACAACCGCUAGUAAAGUUGUGUUGACAGUAAAUGAUUUAAGCAGUGCUGUAGCGGAAUACGGAUUAAAUAUUUCUCGUCCUGAUUUUUAUCGUUAG